GGCAACAAUGUGCGCAUUGACGCCUUUGGUCUGAAAGCGCGGCUGACGGGCGAUCUUAACGUCGUACAGGACAAACAAGGGCUGGGCCUGAACGGGCAGAUCAACAUCCCUGAAGGGCGCUUCCAUGCCUAUGGUCAGGAUCUGAUUGUGCGUAAGGGUGAGUUACUGUUCUCUGGUCCGCCGGAUCAACCGUAUCUUAAUAUUGAAGCUAUUCGUAACCCGGAUGCUACAGAAGACGACGUAAUCGCCGGAGUACGCGUCACUGGUCUGGCGGACGAACCGAAAGCGGAGAUCUUCUCUGACCCGGCGAUGUCGCAACAAGCUGCAUUGUCUUAUUUGCUACGUGGACAAGGGCUGGAGAGCGAUCAGAGCGACAGUGCGGCAAUGACCUCGAUGCUGAUUGGUCUGGGGGUUGCGCAAAGUGGCCAGAUUGUGGGUAAAAUCGGCGAGACGUUUGGCGUAAGCAAUUUAGCGCUCGACACCCAGGGAGUAGGCGACUCCUCCCAGGUAGUGGUCAGCGGCUAUGUAUUGCCAGGUCUGCAAGUGAAAUACGGCGUGGGUAUAUUUGACUCUAUAGCAACACUCACGUUACGUUAUCGCCUGAUGCCUAAGCUAUAUCUGGAAGCCGUGUCUGGUGUAGACCAGGCACUGGAUUUGCUCUAUCAGUUCGAGUUUUAG